AUGAAAGCCAUACUAGUAUUAUCUAUUUCAUUAAUAACAUUGAACUCUCAAUUUAUCAAGACAUCCACUCUAAAUUUGUGUGAUGCAAAUGUUUAUUUGCGACCAGACAUCUAUUAUGGAUAAGGAAGUGCAGCAGUAAUCAUCGAGCCAACCCAAGCAGUGGUAACUUUGGAAGUGGAAGUGAAGGACGAGAAGGCUCAGAAUGCUUUGCAAUAGGCAGCCUAAAUAGCUGACGAUGCUGUUAAAGCCAUAAAAGAGAACUGCAAGGGAUAAUUGAAGAUUCAGACAGCCGAUUUCACUAUUUCCCCUCACAAGGAGUACAGUCAGAAUCAACCAUACCAUGAGACAUUCUCAGGAUUCAUAGUGAUCAACAGGAUAACAGUGGAGACACUCAACAUUAGUGAUGUUGGAAAGAUUAUUGACAUAGCUGUGAAGAACAGGGUCAAUAAGGUGAAUGGGAUUCAAUUCGAUGUGAGCAAGGAGGAGAAGAAGAGGUUGAAGGAUGUUCUUGUGGAAUAAGCCAUCGAAGAUGCUAAACAUACAGCCAAUGUGGUGUUGAAGGAAUUGAACAUGAGAAUUGAAUCGGUCAAGUCUGUCCAAAUCUAGUAGAAUUACGGAUACGGAGUCAGCAGCCAGAUGGAGCAAUAAGUGACCGUGGGAUUCGUAAUUAGCCAUAUAGAAUGAUGAUACAUCAUACGAAUAAUAUAAUCAUUUAGGUUUCACUAUUUUUAGUAA